GUGUAUGUGUGUGUGGAACAAGGUUAAGCUGUGAUGCAUACAUGUGACAUUAAAAAUCAUCUUUGAGGCUCGAUUUUUGUGGUUUUCUAGGUUCAUUUCAGAUGCUUGCACUUCCUUUUCAUUUGGAAAAUGUGUGCGUUUUCCAAUCAGAAUGUCCUCAUCGUCCUUGCUGUUAGCUUGAGUACAAGUUGCAGUGGGCAUGAUCCAACUAGUCUGCGGUAACUGUCCCCAUUUCCACCUUGAUUAAUAAUGUAGCAUUCGAAGCCAGGAUACUAUGUUCAAUCUCUGGUAGUCAUUGAAACAAUUUCUUUGGUUUUAUUGAUGGACUAAACUGGAAAUUGCAGCUGCUCUUGACUGAGUAUACUCCAUCUAGUGAUAUUGAAAUUUGCGUUGUCUUCCACAAGGAAGUGGUGCUCUUGCAUUCAGGAUUGUUUGGUUAUGUAAAUUAGCUGGUUUUAGCAACUGUUAGUUUUGGGCACUAUUAACGUUUUCAUGCGCAUGAUGCAGAAGACAAAUUGCUCGCAAGGCUGAAGGGGGAGUUUGACUGUUCAAUUCUCUGUUCAAUUCUGAUAAAAAGAAAAAAAAAGUUUUUACUGUUCAAUUGGACAGUUUCUUGUUCAUGGCAGGAAACGUUUACUGUGAUGGGUAAAUGGAUUGGAUGACUGUUGCAGGCUCACAUAACCAUCAAUUUCUCAUCACCUUGGAGUGAAGGUAAUUUUCUUACAACUGUUAGUUAAUCUCUCUCUCUCUCUCUCUGGUAUGACAGUAGCCAUUAGAAUUCUGACCUUGUGCCAGCAAAUAGUCAUAAAAGCUAAGCACGAGUCCUCUUUCUCUUGAAAAGGAAAUUUUCAUCUUUAGACUAAGACCAGCAAAUGGAGGGCUGAACUGGAAAUGUCACCAGUAGUUAAACUGUUUUGAGGAUUACAAAUUUAGACCAGCAAAAUGAUUUGGAUUUCUCUACUACUAACGUUCCAAUUACAGAAGCAAAGGUCAAAGAUGUGCUUUUUGAAUAAAAACAACUGUAUCUGAAUCCCCUAUCAGAAGAAAUAGAAGUAUAGAACACUAUUAUGGUACUUCAAACAACAACAAAGACGCUGAAAGUGUUACCGCAAAAUUCGAAGCCACAAACGCUACUAGUAUUCAGUGUGAAGCCUUGUCUUGUGUCUACUUCUCCAUCUCAAACUUGAUCUUCUUGGAGUCAUCAGCUGAGCUGAGCUGAGCUGACAUUAACAUUCCAUGGAUCCCUCUAGUCUGUUAAUAUAGGCAGGUUUACAGAACUGCAUAUUAUCUGUGUUUUUCUCUCUUUGUUUUGCACUCAUGAUUUUUGUUUGUGAUUAUGUAUAAAAAUAGCUCUUGGAUGUCAUUUUCUUUUUUUUCCUUUUCUUUUAGUACAUUGAUACUUUUCUCAUAAAGGGUUGGUCUCUUGUUCUUUUCUUUUGUCGUCAUCUUUCACCAUAAAGGAGAACCAAAGGGCCAAAAGAUCAAAACUAUCAAAUAUGAAUGCGUAAACAAACAGAGUGAUUUCCCUAUUUAAAAGCAUAUUAACUAGCCCUAAUAAAUUGACAAGGUAUGAGUAACACCCAAGCAAUCUUACAACAACAAAAAUAGAAGAAUUUGGCUGAAAUGUAGAUAGUUGCAGCUAAAAAAGUUGAGAAUCUGGGGUUUUCAAGUGUCAAGAAAAGAAUAAAGGAUAAAAAGCUGUAUAAAUUGCAUGCAUAUGUCUGAUUGGUUCUUGUAAACAGCUUAUCUUCUCAGGACAUGACUUUGAGCUACCAGUAAUGAAGAUAAAUUGCAGGGGGCCAAUCCUUGCACUUUGUGUUUUUCUUUGUUUUGUGUUUAUAAUUGCAGGAGGUGAAGAUCUCUCACCACAAAAGAAGGAAAACUGUACCUAUGCAGUAACAAUAGAAACAACAUGUACAAAGGGUGCAGGGACCUCUAACCACAUCAGCCUAAGGUUUGGUGAUACAAAAUCAAAUGAAAUCCUUGUAAAACACCUCAACCACAAGCAUGUAAGGUGGGUAGAUCCUCUGCAGCCCCAAGUCCUCGACGACGUGCCGCGAAAGCCGUUCCAAGCUUGCCACGUGGACCAAUUCCAAGUCACUGGCCAGUGUGUGGAAUCCCCCAUUUGUUACCUCUACCUCAAGCUUGCCGGAAACGACGACUGGCGGCCAGGAUUUGCUAAAGUCUGGGCGCUCGGUGGGGCUCGCUUGAGCUCGAAUUAUUUCUAUUUUCGCCGGUACUUGCCGAGGCAUGUGUGGCAUGGUUCUGACUUCUGUGAUAGGGAGGUGACACCAUUUGGGAUCAAGUACAAGAGGAAGGUUUUUGUGACGAAGACUGCUUCUCAUGAACCAUUGUGGCCAUAAGAGUGUUUUAUCUCACCUUUGUUGUAUGUAUUAGUAGUAUUCAUGUAACUGGAUACAAAUUUCUUUCCCCUGUGUGAUGAUUAUAAUUCCAUUCAAUAAUGGCUGAACUGUUGAUUAGCCACUGACCAAGUUAAUUG